AAGAGAGAGAGAGGGAGAGAGGAUCAGUUUGCCUCACGCACACUUUGACUUUUUACAGCCAAGUCACUUCCUUCCUGCGCGGAGACUGACAGACUUUCAGCUGAUAACCAACCAGUUACUUAGAGAGAGAAGGGGGUGUCGGAAAAUAUCAGCGGCCGGCAGAACACACGGCGAAGGAAGAGCAAAGAGCAGAGCCCGAGUCCGGUCUCCGGGGCUCAGAGGCAUCAGCCCGCUCCGUCCGCACCGAGGAGGGAGGCAGCGAGGGGCGACCAGCUCUUUAUUUGCACAUCUCAGGCUGAACUGAAGGUUGGUUGGGAGUUCGAUGCGGUACGUGUCGGGAUGUACAGCAAGGAUUUGACGCUCUUGUGGUCUCUGGCUGUCCAAGGGCUGCCAUCCAGAGCUCCCCAGUGACCAGCAACUCUCUGUGGAUACAACAUUUGGGGUAACAUCUGCAGUCUGGGAAUUCCACACCGAACUCUCUCUCUCUCUCUCUCUCUCUCUCUCUCUCACACACACACACACACACACACACUCACUCACAGUCACUCUAUACGUACACAAACACACACAUACACAGAGACUCACGCACGCUCUCACACUCAGACACAUACAGAUUUUCACACACAGGCACAUAAAGACAAACACACAAAGACAACCACACAUACAAACGCGCACACACACACACACACACACACACUCACUCUCUUUCUUUGUGCUGCUGGGAUUGCAUUGCAAAGACUGUUUCUUCUGGACAUUUAAACUUUGCCGAGCAAGCAACACAGAAAGCUGCAAGUGUGUGGGUGUGGUUUGACUGACAUUGGAGUCUCUGCCCUGUUGCCACACAUGUCCCCAGCACACAGGCUCUAAGGCGGCUGCUGCAGACUGGCACAGCCCAUGGGCUGGGACCCAUCCAGUACCAGAGGACAUGACUCUUCAAGCAGCCACUGAUCCCAGACGUCCUGUCUGCUGCUGGUGCCCCCUGAGUCUUCUGUAGUGAGGGCAGAGGAGACUGGGACGGAUCCUCACCCUUACCCCCUGCACACCUCCACCGCAGGACAGGCCCUUUCUGCCACUGUCCUCUGCAAUGAGCAGAAGGAUUGGGUAGGCGGUGUGGAGGAAGAGGGGGGAGUGUCCGGCUGUCUGCGGCCUACCCCAUGCCGGGGGGCUAUGGCCACCUGCACCCUGAGCACUUUGGGAGUGAUGAGCAACGAGGCUAAGGGUGAAGGGACCCCGCAGACGAGUAGAUCGGUGCUGAAGGUGCCUGAGAGGCAUGUGUCCCGGUGCCAUGUCCGUCUUGUGCCUCCCUCCGACAGCCACUGGGUCAGGGAGGAACUGGGCCCAGGGGCCAGUGAGAGGCCCGUGCCUUCCAGGAGACGUCCCCUUGAGCUGGAGAGGAAACCAGGGAGCGAGCAGGAGUGCGUGAACCGUGAGACUAGGCAGGGGCGAAGGGGUCGGCGACACCAGUCCGGGCGGGAGCCGGAGGCUGGAGGCACAGCGGACUCUGAUGGGGUGGGCGGGGAGGAGGCACCCAACCAAACAGGACAUUGCGAGCUGGCCCACACACUGGCAGUCCGAGAUGAGCGACUGUGCCAGAGGUUCAUCUGGGACUGCAGCAUCGGAGGUGUGGAGGAGCCCAGGGCAGGGAGCCCGUCCCCACAGGGAGCCAUGACCCCUCAGCAGAGGGGGUCUCACGCAUUCGGUGGGGUGGAAAUCCCCCACGUUAUCAUCACAGAGCACAGCGGCGAUGGUUCCCAGGAGGCGGCUGAGGACUGGGAGCCCCCGGCCAGUUGGAACUUCAAUCGCAAACUCUCCUCAUCCUCUGCCUCCUCGGCCGGCUUCUCCUCCUCCUGGGACGAGUCGGAAGAGGACGUCUCCAGCGACACAGACAGGGUCCAGGAGGUCAGCACAGACACACUGCAGGCGAUAGCCCAUCAGCCCAAGGCCCGAGUGAGUAAAUCCUGGAGGAAGAUCAAAAACAUGGUGCACUGGUCUCCAUUCGUAAUGUCCUUCAAGAAACGGUAUCCAUGGAUACAGCUGGCUGGACACGUAGGUAGCUUCAAGCCUGGGGCCAACGGCAAGAUCCUGAAGAAGCACUGUGAGUGUGAGCAGCGCUGCCUGACGCGCCUGAUGCGGGACGUCCUGCAGCCCUUCGUCCCUGCCUACCACGGCGUGGUGGAGAAGGACGGCGAGAAGUACAACCAGAUGGAUGACCUGCUGGCUGAGUUCGACAUGCCCUGUGUCAUGGACUGCAAGAUGGGAGUCAGGACCUACUUGGAGGAGGAGCUGAGCAAGGCAAGGAAGAAGCCGAGCCUGAGGCGGGACAUGUACCUGAAGAUGGUGGAGGUGGACCCUGAGGCCCCGACAGAAGAGGAGCACGCUCAGAGGGCCGUCAUCAAACCCCGCUACAUGCAGUGGCGGGAGACCAUCAGUUCCACUGCCACCCUCGGCUUCAGGAUCGAAGGUGUCAAGAAUGAGGAUGGGAGUGUUAACCAUGACUUUAAGAAGACAAAAACUAAAGAGCAGGUGAUGGUGUCAUUCUGGGACUUCACCAAGGGAAACAAAGUUAUCCUGAUGAAAUAUCUCGAUCGUCUGAGGCUGAUUCGGGACAUGCUGGAGGUUUCUACUUUCUUCCAUUGCCAUGAGGUUAUCGGCAGCUCCCUGCUCUUUGUGCACGACCACCAUGCUCAGGCCAAGGUGUGGAUGAUCGACUUUGGGAAGACGAUGCCUCUGCCCAGAGGUCACGUCCUGAGCCACCGGCAGCCCUGGCAGGAGGGCAACAGGGAGGAUGGUUACCUCUGGGGCAUCGACCACCUCAUCUCCAUCCUGGACGAGAUGCUGCAGACAAAGGACUGAUCUGACCCAGCUCAUUCCGGAAUCUUCCUCCGGCACUACAGAACAUUCCGGAAAGAGGUUGGAGGGGUUCGUCCCCUUCCCAGCAUCACCGAGAAGGACAUGGCGAACUGGUGGGGAUGAAGGGGGGGUGCAGCGACACAGAAAGAUCAGAUGAUUGACAGGCGGAGGGGUCAGAGUUGCUCUUGGGGAUCGGGGCUGUGAGGUGAGAGGGGGCUACAACACUGGGAGGCACGCAGUGUGGCAGACGCCAACCACUACCAGAGUCCAUCCCGAGCAGCCCAGGACUCCGAGCAGCGAGAGGCCGGAGGCGGAGAAUGUUCUAGACUUUUCACCCUGACGUUGUGGUGUUGCUGCCAAGCAUCCUGUCAUCACAAUGAGUGGGAGGAGGGGUCUGAGAGCAUAACCACACAGGGCGAGGCCAUUCAGCCCUUCUCUCAGGUUAGUUCUCACUUUUCCUGGCUGACUGAAGCUGUGGGUGUCCGUUCGGAGGGCUGGAGGGAGUGAGUGGGGUCUCAGUCUCUGGGUCCCGUCACUUUCCACAGCACUGAGAGGAUGGGAUCCUGUUUCCACUGACCAGAUCUACUCGCACAAAAACCUGCCCACCUGCCACAUUUUAUUGUCUGUCUAGCUUCUUUCCCCCAAAGUCCCCUCCCCUCCGGUAACCAUCCUUGCUGACUGUACCAACCCCUCCCCCAGAAGUCGCUAGGAUAUUCACAAAUGACCCCCCCUCCCUCAAUAGAGUCAGAGAGGGAUACACACAGAAACAGGUCAGCCAGACCUUCAACAAUCUACUCACACUAAUCCAAUUUUAUUCUCCCCAAGCUCCUGUCUGCUCCCCCCAGGCUCCAGCCCUCAGUUACAGCAGUCAAUUAACUCACCAAGCUCAGAUGUAUGAGGAGAUCAGAGUACCUGGGACAAGCCCACACAGCCACAGGGAGAACGUGCAAACACCACACAGGCAGCGCUGGAGGUCAGGAUCAGAGCCGGGUCUCUGGUGUUGUGUGAAACAACAGCUCUUCCCACUGUUCCUUGUCCCAUAUUGGGAGGAUAUUUUGGACCUCUUCCCUGACCACUUGCAGAACCAGACCCUGAGCUAAGGCAGUGACCCUGAGAAAUGCAGAGUCAGCUGAUUGUCACGGGGGUGGGGGGGCAAAGUCAGCUGAUUAAC